AUGAUGCCAUCCGUAGUCGCUUCUCAGGGUCAGUCGAUCCAUGGCACGCCCGUCCACGAGUCGAGCAGUGCGUACAGCACGCCUCCCAACCAGUCCGUCUCGUCCUUUCCGAACGCGGCGGGGGGCCAAGGCGCCUCGGCGUCUGCAGCGGCCAUGCGCCACUCGCCCUCGGCCGUCUCCGCAAUCGGCGAGUCGCCGGCCUCGUACCACAGCCGAUCGCACGCACCUUCAUCCUACCACCCAGCUGCCGCAGCUUCUGGUUCCGGAGCUGGGGCGGGCGGGAAGGACAAGAAGUGGAAGCAGAUGUUCAAAUUCGGCUCCAUCGGUCGCAAGGGGAGUCUGGGCGGGCAGGGUAGCGAUAGGUACGACUCGCAGCAUCCUUCCACCGAGUCGCCCAACAUGUCGGAGUAUCCCGGGUUCCAGGGCGCCAGUGGUGGUCCCGGCCCGUCCUUCCAGCCGAUGAAUGGUUCCUCGGUCGUGCAAGAUCCCAGCUCGCUGUCCAACGACAGCUACUCGUCCGAGGGCUACAACGACCACACCAUGUCGUCGUCGUCGGGCCUCGCCGGGACAUCCGGGUCCAUUGGCGAGCUCAAGGCGUUCCGGAUGCAGCAGAACGCCUCUGCAGACUCGAGGGAACGCUCUGCGGGCAGCAGCACGCUGCAGCCUCCGCUCGAGGUGGGCGCCAACGGCGGUGCCGAAGGCGGCGCUGGCGCCGAGGGCGGCCAGCAGAGUUUCGCCUCGCGCCUCUUGCGCAAGGUCUCGAGCGCUCCCGACACCAACAAGCUUUUUGGCAACGGCCAGCAUGGCGGCGGUCCGGGAGUCAACGGAGGCGGCAGCAAUGCGGACGCGGGCGGGCCGUCGGCGGCUUCGGCGGCCACGCGCAACGGCUAUCUGUCGCCAGAGCAGCCGUCCGGCAACCACUCGAACUUCAACUCGUCCGAGGGAGGCUCGCCCGGAACGCCGGCCAAGGUCGCCGAGAACUACGCCUUCUUCCCCAACUCGCCCGUCCGCAUGGACAGCACCGCCACGUCGUUUAGCAGCAAGGACUUUGAAAAGGGCCGAUCCAACGGCAAGGGCUCGACGCCCAAGAGCGGCCGCGGCAUCUCGUUUCCCGGCUCCGGCCGAUCCAAGAGCUCCGGAGGUAAAGCGGACAAGAAGGGCACCAUCCAGCCGCCGAGCUCGGCCCAGAACCUGGUGGCGCUCCAGGGCCAGAACGGCGCCGUCGUCAACGGCGCCAACGGGCCCAACCGCGGCCCCGGCAGCUUCCGGCGCACGUACAGCAGCAACAGCAUCAAGGUCAAGGAGGUCGAGGUGGGGCCCAACAGCUUCAGCAAGGUCAAGAUGCUGGGCAAGGGCGACGUCGGCAAAGUGUACCUGGUGCGCGAGAAGAAGACCGACCGGCUCUACGCCAUGAAGGUGCUCUCGAAAAAGGAGAUGAUCAAGCGCAACAAGAUCAAGCGCGUCAUGGCCGAGCAGGAGAUCCUCGCCACGUCCAACCACCCCUUCAUCGUCACCCUCUACCACUCGUUCCAGUCCGAGGACUACCUCUACCUCUGCAUGGAGUACUGCAUGGGCGGCGAGUUUUUCCGCGCGCUCCAGACGAGGCCCGGCAAGUGCCUGCCGGAGGAGGAUGCCAAAUUCUACGCCGCCGAGGUCAUCGCCGCGCUCGAGUACCUCCACCUGAUGGGCUUCAUCUACCGCGACCUCAAGCCGGAGAACAUCCUGCUGCACCAGUCGGGCCACGUCAUGCUUUCCGACUUUGACCUCUCGGCGCGGGCCACGCGGCGCGGCGGCGCUCCCGCCAUGAUCCGGCAGGCGACGCCCAACAGCGCGCCGCUGGUCGACACGCGGUCGUGCACGGCCGACCUGCGGACCAACUCUUUUGUCGGCACCGAGGAGUACAUUGCGCCCGAGGUCAUCAAGGGCUGCGGCCACACGAGCGCCGUCGACUGGUGGACGCUGGGCAUCCUCAUCUACGAGAUGAUCUUUGCCACGACGCCGUUCAAGGGCAUGUCGAGGAACGAGACGUUCUCCAACGUGCUCCGCAACGAGGUUCCCUUCUCCGAGAGCACGCCCAUCUCGUCGUUUGGCAAGUCGCUCAUCCGCAAGCUGCUGAUCAAGGACGAGCUCAAGCGGAUGGGCAGCCAGUCGGGCGCGUCCGAGGUCAAGACGCACAAGUGGUUCUCCAACAUCUCGUGGGGACUGCUGCGCAACUCGACGCCGCCGAUCGUGCCGGCCUUUAGCAACGGACUCGACGCCAUCAACUUCCGCACGGUACGAGAGAGCCGCUCGCUCAACCUCGACGGCCAGACGACGACCAAGAGUGGCGCUGGCGCCAGCGGUGGCGGCGGCGAGAUCCGUGCCACGGCCGGCAAGAAGAACGUCGGCGACGAGGAGGGCGACGCGGUCGUGGCCAAUCCCUUUAGCGGCUUCUCGAGCGUCACGCUCAUGCACGGCGAGGACUAG